AUGGGUGCCCAGCUGCGGGCGCUGCGGCGCGCGGAGCUGCGGCGCCUCGAGCAGCGCCACGGCGCGGAGCAGCGCGCGGCGCUGCUGCAGCGCCGCUGCCGGCGCCUCGAGGAGGAGGUGCGACAGCUUCGAAGCUUCAUGGGCAGGGCAGCCAGGAAGGAGGAGCGGCAACCGCGUGAAGAUCUACCGGAGCCGCCGGUCGUGGGAAAGACCCAAAGCUGUUGUGGCCCCGCACGCUGGCUGCGGCUGGAUGACUGA